AUCGCCCUGGACCCGGUCAGCCUGUGGUGGGUGGCCCUGGCCGUCGUGUGCAGCCUCGUGCUCGGCAGCCUGAACAGCUGCGCCGCCCGCAGCCUCAUCCAGUUCGUGACGCCGCGCCGCAAGCCGGAUCGGUGGGCGUGGGUGCUCUACGCCGGCGACCGGCUCUGGCAUCAGCGUCUGGUGUUGGGUCACUUGCGGUCGCGGGCACCGAAUCCGGUUGAGCCUCUGAGGCUCGUCAUAUGUACUCCAGAUGGCGACGUGUACGACGAGGACUACUCGGGCCAGUCCGCCGACAUUGCCGCGGUCCGCUUCUGCUCAGGCCGCGGUCGGCCUCCUGGCAUCGCGGCGGCGGACAGUUACCGGUCCAGGCGGGCCCCGACAGCUGCGGAGGUGACCGCCUUCGACACUGCGGGCGAGACCUACGCGGCGGCGGUGCUCGCGGCCGAGGCGGCCGCGGUCGGGCAGGCCUUCGCGGCUCCUGCUGCCGGAUGCUUGGUGCCCCUCGCCGCGGGAGGCGGCCCCGCUGGCGCGCCCGCGGCGGCAGGUGCCGCGCCCGGCGCCCAGCCCGCGGCUGCGGCCGGCGCGGCACCGCCGGCGCCCGUGGCUGGUGUCGCCGGCGCAGCCGCCGCCCAAUGGCGUGGUGAUCCAGUCGCGCUCCUGGCGAACGCCAUCGUGCACGGCGAGCUCGCCAUCAUGCAGGCGCCCGGCGGACUCAGCGUCGUCGUCAGGAACAUCCAGGCCAUGGACGCGACGGAGUACGCGGCCUUGGAGGCUGUGCGGGACCCGCGCAUCUUGGACGGCUCGGCCUACGUCUUGGCCCGGCCUCGCGGCGGCUGGAGCGACGUGUGCAAGGAGCUCGUGGAGACCGCCUACCCCUCGUGGACGGUGCCAGGGCCUCGCACGGUGAAGUGGUGUGCGGAGUGGCUCGACAGGCGUUCGACUGCACCCGUGGCGCACCAUCGGCAGUUCGUGAGCGUGUUCGGGCUGAAGCCAGACUCGUGGGGGGUGGAGAUCCACGGCACCGCGCUGCGCGUGCUGGAGGAGGCUGCCGUGUACGACGGUGUGAAUAUCUGCGAUAUGGCGGGCAUCGAGUCGCUCAUGCGCAAGGCUCAGCUCUCUGAGUACGUCUAUUGGAUGGACUCCAUGGGGGCCGCCGAGAAGGCAGGGAAGGACAGGAAGCCCAACGCUUCGACGGCGACGUUCGUCGGCCUCAUGGAUGAGGCGGCCAGUUUCUCCGGCCUCAACAAGGACACGGGUUCGGCCAUGGUGUGUCCGGCUUUGCUGGAUCACGUGGCUCGUGAAGUAGAAAAGGAUGCCGCGAUUUUGAAGCAAGUUCGGAAAGCCAAGGAGGAGCGCGCGGCGCUCCUCAAGAAGCAAAGAUGA